UCGAGUACGGUGUUCGAAAAAUGACACGCAAUAGCGACGAGCCAAUAAAAAACGACGCGCAAAAACAAGAGUUUUGUAAAUCGAGUGCAAAACAUUCAUCUACUUUCGUGUAACUUGAUUCUUGUAUUGAAUGUGUCCAGAUGAUUUUGUGUUAGUGAUAUUGCAAGACUAGUUUAGAAUCUGAUUGUUUUGGUGUCGUUCCAAGGCAUGACCACGGCGUGACUUCCAUGCCCUGUGUACCUACGGAAGGGCGUGCAGAUUACGUUUACUAUGAAUGGUUUUAUCUCUUUCUAAACUCGAGUAUCUGUGAAUGACCGAGUGUAACAGCGAGCGUACCAAAUUAUGGAUUGAAAAGUGUUUGUUGUUUGUAUUUUGAUAUUUGCACCGCAUUGCUGCGGAGUAAUCGCCGUUAUCUCGGUUGAAGAUCAUAGUGAUUGAAAAUAAGCAGUCAUAUGGCGCCAGGACUAUCUCGAAUACGGAUUAGUUACGCCGUUCGAUUUGUCGAGCGCUUUACUAUUUACGCACUAUUGAAAAGAGAUAGUACGUAUUUUUAGUCGCGUCAACCGAGACUAGUGACUUUCAUAACAGUUCGUAAACAACUUGAAGGUUAUUUGUGUCUGAUGCGGAGGCGCUGACAUGGCUGCGGUUUCUGAGGCUGGCGCCAUCGUGCGUCAGGGCCACCUACGAAAAUUAAAGACGAUGAAAAAGAAGUUUUUCGUUCUACGUGCCGAAACCUCUGACUGUUCUGCUAGACUAGAGUAUUACGAGAGUGAGAAGAAGUUUAGAUCAGGUGCGGCCCCGCGCCGCGUGCUGUCCCUAAAGAGCUGUUACAACAUAACUAGAAGAUUGGACUUGAAGCAGAAGCAUGUUAUUGCUCUUUUCACUCGAGAGGAGCAGCUGUGUAUAGUAGCAGAGAAUGAGCAAGACUUGCAUGCAUGGUUGGCUGCUAUACUCAAAUUAUUCCGAAAUGAUGAUGCAAGUGCGGAACUUCUGCAUCCCAUACAACACGUAUGGCAAGUGAACGUUCAGAAGAAGGGUCUGGGCGCGUCCAAGAGCAUCCAAGGUUUAUAUAACCUGUGUCUCACAGACAAGACUUUAACCCUGGUUAAGAUCAAAAGCCACAAUAACAUCAUCAGCGACCUGGUCAUACCGGAACGCGUGGAGUACUCUCUGAAGAAUAUUAGACGAUGUGGCGAUUCGGAAUGUUUCUUCUAUAUGGAAGUGGGGCGGCAGACGUCGACAGGUGCCGGAGAGUUGUGGAUGCAUUCAGACGACUCUAACAUCGCGCAGAGCAUGCAUUCAACUAUAUAUCAUGCGAUGAUGAACUGUGCGAAAGAGUCUGAGAAUGAAAAGGAUCAUAUUGUGAUACCUGGUAAAAGUUCUUUGCUGGAGAGUUCGAACCCACUACCCGCACGAAGGCAAACCUACUCAGAUGGCAGAGGACGCGCUGGACUUUAUAACGACAAAGGCCUCUGCGUGGGCGCGUGUAUACGGCAGUGUGUCUGCGCUUCCGCCACCUACUCCAUUGACGAUUCGGUCGCUGCCGUCCCCACUAACGCAGAAAACCAACCGCCGAAUAACACACUAACGCCCGAAAAGCAGGACCGCCCCGCGCGGCAUAUUAAACACCACCGUACAGUGUCUCUCCCCGCCGGAUGUCCGGUCUUCCAGGAGCCUCUGAAGAUCGCCCACGGCAGAACUAGAUCCGAGCCCCUCACGGGGGACGAAGUAGAUCGGGCUAUCUUAGAGAAAACAGUGAUGCAUUCCUCCUGCAAAACCGUCAAUGGAACGGAUGCGAUCAAGAAGAACCCCUGGUGCAGACGUGCCAGUACCGGCACAAGGUUUUCCAAACUGUCGCCGGCGCAUACCAAGAAUGUAACGACACUUCGUAAUCGUUGUGAGACGAUGCCAUCUAGGGCUUGUUCCUCGUUCGAGUCGGAUCGUCCACAAAUAACGAGGCACACUGAUGUCGUUGACGGUCUGGCUUCAUCACAUGACGAAUUAGAUUCUAUAUCAGAGUGGUAUCGCACCCCGCGAAUACCUGAAGAACCGGACUGCUGCGAAUAUAUGUUGCCUCGGGACUUUAUGAGUAUGCGCACGGGGUCCAUUGCACAUUCUCGAACAUCGUCAAUGGGCGUGGACGACGGCGGUGAUAGAGACGUGGGUGACAUACCUGACGGCUAUUUGCCUAUGGGUCCGCCGCUCGUGUCUUCAUCUGCCUCCGUUUGUAGCGGGACGCCUUCUACGGAUCCACGGUUUAGCGAAUACCAAUUGGAACCGGCGACGUCCCACAUAUCCGAGGAGCGAUCGACGCGCGCGUACAGCGUCGGCAGUCGGCCCGUACGCACGGAGCGCCUCGAGCCCGCUUCGAGACUCCGCGCGUACAGUGCGGGCGCCAGACGACGCCCCGUGCACGCCAGGCCCACGGAUGACCUCAUGGAGAUUGACUUCUCCGCUAAUUCACCACAGUCUAAGUCGACGAUCGCCCGAACGCCGCCGACACACUCAGACAUACCAAAAUCAAAACCCGUCGACGAAUACGUCGACAUGUCCCCCCGCAACGCCGGUUAUGUAGAGAUGAAACCCGGCGAGCCGAUCACUCCCAUCCAGCCUAUCAACCCCAUAUCCUCCCCGAUGAACGCCCUGACCCCCCCGGACGGGUACGUGGAGAUGAGCUAUCGCUCUCGCACUCGCCCCAUAGCUAUAACGAAUCGGCCGUCCUAUUCCUCCCCCGAUUCGGAGAAAGCCUUCCACGGAUCGCAGACCAUUUUCCCCUUUUCCCCCGAUUCCCCCCCGGAAAUCGAGCACGCGUUGAGCACCGUUAGGGAGAUUUCGGAGGAGGGGAGAGACGGAAGAGAAGGAAGAGUUGAAGUCUCCUCUUCGCCUCAGUACGUGACGCUGGCGAGGCCCGAUUGCCUCAACAAUAAUAAGACUGCAAGGAUCGAUGAUAACCGAGAGGGCGGGCGCCUUCACUACGCGGCUCUGGACCUGGAGGCGCGCACUCCCCCGGCCCCUCCCCCUCACCGCCUCUACACGCAGAUCGACUUCGCCCGCAGCGAGACAUACGCCGCCGACGCGCUCUAGCCAGAUGUGUGCACUUUGAAGUCAGCGAUCAGCCCACCGGACGCCUCCGCACGAGAACACGUACACGCGUACGCGUAUACGCAACAAAGGGGAUUAUCAAAUUUUGAUAGGAAAUUUAAGAUCACGUUAACGUCGCCAAAGUGUGUGUUCUACAGUUUCGAUACCUGUAUUACUCAAACUCAAAAGGUCUACCGCCGUAUUCUGAACGUAGACAUUUGUAAAGACUAAAUUGUGAGAUACGUGUUGGAAUACGGGCCCCGUAGAUGAAGCGAGUAAUAAUUGAGAACGUGGCUUGAGCGAUGUUGUACGAAAUCUGGUAAAUCGAAUGUUAUUUUUUUGUUGAUUUUUGAUUUGAAAUAUUAAGUUUUGAUCGAAAUUAAGUUAGACUCGGGUCGCUCGCUUCUGUAUUAAAAUACAUUUAAAUCUUUGACGGCGACGCCCGUCCGGGCCGUCGAAGAUUCGUGUCGCCGACGAAGACCGCACAGUCGAUUCGCUGUCUCGCUCUUCGGCGCCGAACGAGUUCGCGCUUUGCGUCUGUUAAAUAUUUGUAAAAAGUUUAUGUAAUCUAGAUUUUCACACAUAGCUUUCGUACGUAGGAUAUGUAUAUGUAUAUAACGGUUUUAUAUCAAAAAUAUUAAUCGAGCCUUUUAGCCAAUGACGCGCUUCCAUAUAGGAUUUUUAUUAAAGUGUUAAAUAAAAAUAUUUUUCGUAAUGCAUAGUAAAAUACUCAUCAAUAUUUUUGAUAUAAAAUUUUCUCCAGUUGUACCGUGGGAAAUCAAUGGUUAAUGCUAUAUUCGAAUGAAAAAUAUUUUAAAAUACAAAGUGAACCCGACACGCGAUAAGAUAAUAAACGAAUUUCCCGUUUAAGUUUCACAAAUUCGGUUCAAACGUUUGUCGUGUUCACGCAAGCCACGGUUGUGAGUGAGGCCUAAUUAGUUGACAGUUACGUUCCAAAGUACCCAUUGUGUUCGUAACUCUGACCACGAAAUUAACGCGUACAGUACGUACGGUCGCACGUCACGUAUACGUACGCGUACGUUCGAGGCCAUUCUUAUAUAUCGUGUUCUAUAUAGCAAACAAUAUUUAGAAAAAUUAACACAGAUCUUAGUUAUUUUCGUACAGUUUUUGUGAUAAACACUUGGAAAUCAGUCUUCAGUCCGUUAGUUAAACUGUUUAUAACGAGAGUCCCAGUAAUUUCCCGUUUAAUUUCUUAUGAAAAGUGGUGCUCGAUUGUAUUAACGGCUUUCGGUAUAAACAGGUGAACCUGAGCCUGUUCCCCCCCCCCUUCAACCCCCUCAACCCCCUCGUUACCUCAGAGAUACCACCCGUGUUUGACGUGUUUAGUUCCUCGGCGUAUGACGCGUUAUUUAUAACGACGCGUAUACGUAUAGCUUUGUACGCUUCUGUAUUGGAUCGUUCUAGAAGUUAUUAUGAAUAAUUUAAUUUUAAUUACGACGAAAGUAGAAAAUUUUGUUUGGAGUAAAUAUUCCUCUUCAAAUAAAAGGAAUAUCUUUCAAUAAUAGAGUAAAGAAGAGAGUGAGUAAGAGAAAGAAUAAAGUUCAGGCUCAGGUUUCGUAAUGUGUUCAAGAAAUUUGUUUUCAUAUUGACAGUUUACAGUUAGGUGAUGUUGUCUCUGGUUACGUGUUACACUUGUUAUUGCGUGUUUCGUAGUUGAUGGGCGUCUGAUGUGCCGUAUUUACUUGGUUCAUGGCAAAUUGUAUGCCCACUUUGUGAAAAUAAAUCGUCUAAUCUAUGAUUUGAGCCUGUUUAGGUCAACUUUAUACCCACUACGUUUUCCCUAUACCAUUAAUUACUAUAAUAUAUCAGUAAUCACACGUCAAUAAUCUAAUUUUAUUAAAAAUUUAAAAUUUCUACCAGUCGUAAAUUUUGACACGAAUUCUCAGUUUUUGAAAUGGUCAACGUCAAAAUUUACUAGUCACAUUGCUGGUUAGAUUGUAAAGACAAUUAUGCCAGUUAAACAAUUUUAUUACAUUAUAUUAUGUAACAUAAAUAACAUAAUAUUUAAUAUUGAAUUGUUCAAUAGAAACUUAAAUAAAUUUGAUUAUGAAAUCGCAGUUGACGAAGACCACAACAAGUAAAUUAUCAAAACUAAAUGAGUUAAAGUUAAAUUCCAAAUAAUUUAAUACAUUUUUGAAUAAGCCCCUUAAUAUUAAAAUUUCCCCCCCUCUGGGGCGUGGUCCCCCACGUCUGAUUAGAAAAAAACAAUAUUUCCAGAAUAAAAGUCCCUUUAUCCAUUCGGCAGCAACUGCGGCAUAUCUGACGCUUCAGUAAUUAUUAUUAACUAACCCGUAGUCUGUUGUAGCCAUGAUUAGCUCAAUUAAGUAUACAUAAUCUGUCCAUGGGGCACAAUUAGGUACAAUGACGCCAUUUUUGGGAUUUUCAAAGACGCUGAUCUUAGUACAUAUACGUCAAAUUGCAGUUUAUAUAUUUGUUUCUCUUGAGCAGUGUUUCAAUCAAUAAUUCGUUAACGAUCACUAAAUAGAACUAUUUUAUAUAAUAUUCGUAUAAACUAUAUUAUAUACUAGUUUGUAGAAUUUUGAUUAGACUUUAGAGUCGUUCAUUAAAUAUAUCGUACACUCUUUGUGCUCGAUUGAAGAUUGAUUUGACUAAUUUCGUUGCAAAGUCAGCUAAUAUUUCUGCGGGUGUCUUUUUGCUCUCUCGAUUUCAUAUUGAAUGUGCAAUUUUUAUUUAUCUUUUGCGUCAUUGGCACCCUGCGAACUUUGUUUUUUCUUUUUUGUUCUACAACCAAAAUAAUUGGCAUUUGAAAAAAUAAACUGUAUGUGAAGAUUUUUACUUAGGCCACAAUGUUAUAUAUCUAUUUCUGUAUUGUGCUGCAAAUCUUCUUGAUAAAUAAAUAAAUAUUCUCCAAGCCAUUACCAUAUCAAGCCAUGCAGCAAAUUUCGUAUGAAAUAUUCACCAAUAUGUGUGUUCAAUGAUCUUUCACUUCCAAUCUCAAUAACUUAAUUUUUUAUUCACAAUGAAUCGUUUAAUGGCAAUUGUAAUGCAGUAAUAAUGAAAAUUUCUAUUGAUAAGUAUGCUAUUGAGAUUGGCCAUAGGAGCUAUGGUUUUUGUCAAUUUACAAACUAACCCAUCCCACCAUAUAUUUAUACUGUAAAUAUCCUAGAACGACAAAAUCAAUAGCUCUUAGCGAAGGUCCGAGUCGAGGUCGUACGUACGCUUUCGGUGCGCGCAAGUUGACGUACGUGCCUGACUGAGUUAACACCAAAUUUUAUAUAUAAUGUUAUUUAUUGAGGGGAGCGUCUGAUAAAUUCAUUUUAUCCCCUAUCUGGACCUAUUCUGGUCGAUAAACUAGCUUUAAAUUACCCCGAAAGGUAACAUUCACGGCUGCAAAGGUUCGGACCGCGCCCGGGGAUCUGUAUAAAAUUAGAGUCUAAAUUCCUGAUAUUCGAUAUCCCAGAAGUUUGCGUCGCCGUCUCUUGGCGAAUGUUUUAAGCGGUAUUUAGUACAAUUGGGCACAGCCGUUGUUUUUAUACAUGUAGCGUUGUCUGGUGUCUGCGACUUCAACCAGUGUAAUUAUAAUUUGUUCAAAAUACGAGUGGAUAAGACUUAAUUUAAUUUAUUAUUUAAUUUAGGCGUGGCUCGGGCCACGUUCGCACUGAGUCGCAAGGCGUCGGAGUUUUAGCCACCUCGCAAUGAUGUAGUUACAUUUAGGUAUAUAAUAUACAUUUACGAGUAGCGUAUUUACUUUAUUCCACUUAGCUGUAAGGCGCGUCGAGUCGACCCUAGUGUUAAGUGCACCAGAAGGAAGGCGUAAACGAACGGAACCUCCUUUUGCAUUGCGAGUUGUUCGUACGUUCAUAUUUUACAAAGUGUUAUAUAGAGAAAAUAUUUAUUCAUAAGCACAAAUACGUUUUACUCUAAGGGUCACAAAAGCAGAUGAAAAUAUAUUUAGAAAAAAGUAGCGCAUUGCAAAAGGAGCGUUCGGCAACAUUUACAUUGGUGGGAAACGUAUUAUACGACAUCGAAAGCUAGUGUGAAUGCGGCCUUAUUAUCGUAUAUUGUACGAGAAGAAGCUCCACGAGAGACGUCAUGACAAAUGGAGUUUUAUUCUAUACUAGUCCCAUUGCAAGUUUGAUAGGAUUUUGCAUAAAGAUGUUCCUGUAACGGCGUAAAGUUUUUUUUUAAUAUUACGAGUAUAGCAUAGCGAACGUAUAGACGGGAGCCAACCGGCGAGACCGAUCGGGGUCGUUCUGCAAAGGUGCUACUCGUGUUGGUGACGUCAGCUUGCGGCUGAGCCAUAUCACAACGUCCUAGAUCUAGACUAACAUCACUACACUUACGUAUUUUUAGCUUUUGUAACCGACUGCGGCUCUCGCUGAAAUGUUUCUAUCACGUUUAAAGUUUUCUCUCGCAUUUUCGCGGGCUCGCCCGAUGUUAUGUUUUAUAAAUUUCUAAAUCUAAUUUUUCGUACGUUGCGUUUUGUUUACUUUCAUAUUACGAUUAUAUUGUAAAUAAAUAAAAGCUUUGGAUUUGA